CUGAAGAAGAAGCUGCGAGCAGCAGCGGAGGCGGAAGCUGAGAAACUGAAGCGCCGACCGAAGCCUGUGCCAAACUUUGACCAGCUUCACUCGAAGUGGGAGGCCGCUCUGAAGAAGCGGAAGGAGUUAGCACGUCGCAACCAGGAUGAAGAAGCUGUCGUGGAAGACAGCACUGACACCUCAUCGAAGAAUAAGAAUGGGGAGUUCUUCACCUCACGCGCGGCCAAGCUGGCUGAGCUGCAGGAGAAGAAGGAGGCUCGUAAGCAACGGCUGCAAGCGAAGGAGGAGGCCAUCAAGCAGCACGCAAAACGGGCUCAACAGAAGCUGCUUGAACGCGCUCGAGCUUCAUUGGGAAAGGAUGUCGGGGUUCAACGCAAACCUACCAAAUCUGAGGCACUGCGCGUGCAGAAGCUGAUGGCCGAAGCUGCCAAGCAGGAGAAGCAACGCCAACGCGAAGAACGUGAAGCUGACGCUCGCGAGCGACGACGUGAGGAAGCAGCUCGUCGUGUCCGUGCCCAAGUGAAGCGGUCGGAGGGCGUCCGACGUGAGAACUACUCUGGCAACUUCGUCGACUUAAAAGACCUCGACGCCGUGGCCAAAGAAAAAGCUCGUGAGCAGCGGCAGCAGUUCAAGGACGCCAUCGCGCGCAACAAGGAGAAAUUGUUGGCAGCGGCAGCGGCUCGCCCCAGUCUCAUGGAGAGGUUCACCACCACCGUCAAGCGCGAGACCCACCGUCGCUCCGCCCUGGAGGCUGUAGUCAAGACCGUCUUCCACAAGGACUUGUCCACCCUGAAGGGCGUUCUCACCGACGACGAGCAGGAGCUCGCCAAAGAAAUGGUCGCCGUUGAUGACGAC